AUGUCUAAACCCACCGUCAACGGCGAGACCAUCCACUCGAGCUUCCUCACCCACCUCACCUCCUACCCCAUCAUCAACGACUCCAUCACAACCUUCAAACACAACCCCUACGGCGCUAAAUCCCUCGAAUACGCCGACCACGGCUAUACCCGCAUCGCCAAGCCCGUGCUUCCCUACCUAUCCACACCCUACAGCUACCUAGCCCCCUACCUCGCCCGCGCCGACGCCCUGGGUGAUCGCGGCCUGGACCAGAUCGAGACCCGCUUCCCCUUUAUCAAGGAGGACACUCAGGCCCUGCGUGGCUCGCUGGUCGACCGGGCCUCGUUCCCGGUCCGUCUGGCUGGUGACGUCAAGCACCAUGUCUUCGAUCUGUAUGGCAACGAGUACAAGAAGUGUGGCGGGGAUGGGGUUGUUGCGUCCGGGAAGGCUGUAGUCACUACUAGCUUGGUGCUCUCGCAGGAGUCGCUGGCGUGGGUGAGCUCUUGGUUGCAGACGGCGAAGGAGGAGGGGAAGGCCGUCGUCAGUGAGAAGACCAAGUAA